UCUGGGUUUGAACAUACGUAGCCUGGGGGUUAAAACUUUCAAACGACCUUCAAUUGUAUUUUCUGCAUCUAGUGGAAGCUAGGUUAAUCUUCUCUUAAAGAUGGAGAGAUUCCUCGCAGUUGCCCUCCUCGUCGUCUUGUGUUCUGCCUCAGGCCACGCUUUAAAUUGCAUAACCUGUGACUCAUUGCAAGACGCACAGUGUGGGGAUCCUUUCACAGCUAACCAAGAGAAAUAUAUCGUCAAAUGUAAACCAGAUGAAACUUACUGUGGCAAAAUCGUUAGCACGGAGGAUAGCAAAGCUGCACCAUUUGUGAAGAGAAGUUGCAUUGAAGAUCGAAGUAACAUAAACUACACAUGGACACCACCUGCCGAGUGUACAGAACUUAACCAACUGACAACUUGUUACUGCAAAUCCAGUAGAUGUAAUUCUAGUGACAGGAGCGCCAUCUGUCUACUCUUAUUGGCUUUAUCAGUUGUUUUUGCUUUCGUGGUCAGAAAAAGUUAUUAAAGACACUUUAACAUAGAAUUUUUAAUUUUUUUUUUUCAAUAUUUUUAAAAGUUCAUUUUUUUAGAUCUCAGUAUUGUUCACAUUAUCAAAUAAAGUUUUUAUAUACGGAGCAUGAUUUUCUUCACCACUGUCAAGAUCACCAAAGUAUUACAUAUGUUUGUUAUACAGAUCAAAAUACAAAGAACUUUCAAAUAAACUAGGAAGAUGU